AUGGAUAUACAGAUCGCUCCAACUCCAGCGACAUACCUACCUCAAGCCAUGCGCGUGCCAGUGUUUGAUCGCCAUGUUCGGCGCAAGCAGUUUACAAGUUGCGACGCAUGUCGCAGACUUCGACGUUCUUGCGACGCCUUCAAUCGAGGCGCAACUCCACUGCAGCCACAAAACACGACAACCGACUUCCGGGGUUGUUCGGCGUGUGUAAAAGCGGGCAGACGAUGCACGUUCGAAUGGCUCAAGGAUGUGCCAGAGACAACCCUUCCUCGAAGGCUUAAGCGACGAAAUGUUCCGGCGUCGAGGGACAACGACAAUACCCGGGAGACGAACCCCGUCAGAGAGCCGAGUAACAACGGCAUGUACACAUCCAUUCCUCGCCCGACUCUAGAUACCACGCCGACGGACGCGACGCUCUAUCAAGAACUGCAGCAACCUGUGGACUGGGACGCCAUCGCGUUUCAACAGGAAAACUACAUGAACGACUUGUGGGCAGACACCUUUACACAUAACUUGUGGUUCCAUGAUGUCCCUCAAGCCCAAUCAUGUAGCAAACCAUGCACGAAUACCCCCAGAAGCGGCAAAAUGCCCUCCAAUACCUCGCAUGCCAAUUUAGCUGCACUUCCUUCAAAUUCUGGGGGGAUGACGCUGUCAUCUGCCACCCCGCCUCAAUCCUACACCUUUGAGCCUGAAGUGAUGCCAGCGCAGAGAACGACACAGCCUGACAUUGACCUGGACUGGUUUGACCCAACCGAUGAAGAAUUGCCCCAGACCUUCAAUCCUAGCGACUCGUUCAGCCAAGAAAACAGUUCAGACGCGUUUGGCGAGAUACCGAAAACGACCUCGGCUUCACCAACACUGGACGAUCACAUCGUCCAAGUUACCAACAAGCGCCUGAUAUCAACGGAGUUGGUGCAGAUUUACCAUACCAGCAUGGAGAGCUCUAUGGUCUGUUUCCUUUCCGAGUACAACUGUCCCUACAGUAGUGGCAAAGUUUCGCUACUCUACUGUCGCAGAAAUGGCAAGAACUUCUAUCAAUACAAGCCACCAACAUAUCUUCAACGCAUUCAUCAACUCGAACAAGCCUCAGAGCCUCUUCGCGGCAAAAAGCUGACGUCAGGACAAAAGAUUGUGGCGGCAAAAGCUCUCCAGCUUGCAAUCAUGGCUUUCGCAUGCCAAUGGACCCAUGCAUCAGUCUGGCCUCCUCGAUCGCCAAAUGCGAGUUUCUCCGAUGCCAUGAUCGACGAGAUCGGAACCUCGUACGGAUUCGAGCGCUUACUACAGCAGAGCCUUUGGCACGAGGCGCAAAGAUACGUAGAGACUACUGCAUAUAUUGACAGCUUCCGGUCGAUCUUUGCACAGAUUCUAUUUUCCAUGGUUCAGCAACCAUCCUUUUUGAACGACCUCGAGAAGGAAGCACUGGAAAGUCCCGCCCCAUCUCCUAUUUCGGUAGCAAUGAGGUUCGGCGAUCCGGCGACCGAGUCAGAUAGCCCUUUCUCUCGUCAGACGCCCAAAGUGAAACCUGAAGAGCGCAUGUUUCGCCACAAAUACCUAGCCCAGGCUCUGCGGCAUCUUGCGCAGUGGAAGAAGCGUCUGUCAAGGUGGAAGAACAGUUCUGAACUCUCGGCGGCUGCUGAGACCAAAGAUCCGGCACUCCAAAGGGCUGCUAAGGAAAUGGAUGGCUCAUUUCAUCUCCUCUGGUGGUUUGGUGUCAUGUGCGACACCAGUGUGUCGGUGAUCAACGACAAGCCCCUUGUCAUCCCAGAUCAUGAGGUACACACCUACAAAGCGCCGCAGUCUGCCCGCAUUGAAAAUGCUCCGCCGCCUGAGAUACAACCAGGGCAGCAGCGAGCCGAUGAAAGAAGGAGCGACAGCCACGCCGCCUCGAAGCUUCACAUCUGGGAUGUGGACCUCAUGCCAGCCCAACCUUUCCAGGCAUUGAUUUCAGAUGCCGAGUCUGUCAUCCGAGAGGCGUGUCCUUCCAAAGUGCUGAUGUGGCGCAAACUCGGCAGUCUGAAGGCCAUCAUCGACCAGCCCGUCGACCAGGAUCUGACCGAACGACACAUCCGGUCCACGUUACAGGUCUAUGAAUUCUGGCGCAACACGUACGGAGACUUCAUCCAGGAAUGCAUCCGCAACCACCACACGCUCUCGUUCCAGGUGCAGUCCUGGUACGUCAUCCUUGGCUGCCACUUCCACCUGGCUUCGCUGUUCAUCGCGGACUGCAUCAAAGAAAUCGACCACCGUCGCCAGUCCUCUACCAAGGGGCGGUUUCUGCGUGCCGCCUCGGCUCUCACGCUGGAAAUCACAAAGACCGGGGUCAAUGUCAUCUCCGAGAUAGCUGCCGUCUCUCUUUGA